AUGAAGUUCACAGCCCCCAUCCUUGCCGCUGCACUGCAGCUGGCUGGUGCCGCUUCUGCUCAGAGCGAAGCUGAAAUUGCAGCUAAUCUCGAACGCUACUGGUCAUAUGGCGGCUCUGACCCGGUCUAUCCAACACCAGCUGAGGGGCAGGGUCUCGGGGAUUGGAAGUCUGCCUAUGAGAAGGCUAGGGCCCUUGUUGACCAGAUGACCGACGCGGAAAAGAAUAACAUCACUUAUGGCUUCGACUCUACCACCAGGUGCAGUGGCAUGUCUGGAAGCGUUCCUCGUGUUGGGUUUCCUGGAAUGUGCUUCCAAGAUGCCGGUAACGGUGUCCGGAAUACUGAACUGGUCAAUGGAUAUGCGUCUGGAGUCCAUGUUGGAGCGGCGUGGAACCGUGACCUGACAUAUCAGCGGGGUCACUACAUGGGAGCCGAGUUCAAGCGGAAGGGUGUCAAUGUUGCUCUAGGCCCAUUGGUCGGGCCUGUUGGUCGUGUCGCCAAAGGUGGACGCAACUGGGAAGGAUUUAGUGCUGACCCAUGGUUGGGAGGAGUCCUGGUAGGGGACACUGUCCGCGGCAUGCAGGAGAACGUUAUUGCCUGUGUUAAGCAUUUAAUUGCCAACGAGCAGGAGACAAGGCGAAUGCCACCGUCGCGGCUGGAGAACUCUCACAACCAGUCUCUGUCGACAAAUAUUGAUGACAAGACGAUGCAUGAGCUCUAUCUUUGGGCCUUCCAGGAUGCAGUGAAAGCCGGUGCUGGCUCAAUGAUGUGCAGUUACAACCGUAUCAAUAACAGUUACGGCUGCCAGAACAGCAAGUCAAUGAACGGCUUGCUGAAAGGCGAACUCGGGUUUCAGGGCUUUGUCGUUACUGACUGGGGCGCGCAGUACACGGGCAUCGCCAGUGCUAAAUCCGGUCUCGAUGUGGUGAUGCCGAGUUCGGAGUACUGGGAAAAUGGCACGCUUGCCACUGCAGUACGCAACGGGUCUCUUGCUUCCACUCGUCUCAACGACAUGGCCACCCGGAUUGUUGCUACUUGGUACAAGUACGCUGAGCGCGAGAAUCCAGGCCAUGGCAUCCCUGCGGAUCUCACUGCCCCCCACGACCCCGUUGAUGCUCGGGAUCCCAAGUCAAAGGACACAAUCUUCCAGGGUGCCGUAGAAGGCCACGUCCUGGUGAAGAACACCAACAACGCUCUACCGCUCAACAAGCCCAGGAUUCUUUCUCUGUUUGGAUACGAUGCCAUCGCACAAUCCUCCACCACUCUUACUCCAGACGCUGGAACCUGGGUCGCGGGCCUCUCCAAUGCUCUCACCUACCCCAAUGGAACCGCAGUUGAUAGCGGUAUUUUGCAGUACAUGUUCCUCGGCAGCGCAGAUCCUUGGGCUAUAGGACCCGGUGUUGCAUUGAAUGGCACGAUGAUUACCGGUGGUGGCUCAGGUGCGACUACCCCAGCCUACAUCGACGCCCCCUUCGAUGCUUUCCAGCGUCAGGCACGCGAAGACAACACCGUCCUGACCUGGGAUUUCGUGUCCCAAAACCCAGCCCCGAACGCCGCUUCAGAUGCAUGCAUAGUCUUUAUCAACGAGGCCUCCGCGGAAGGCUGGGACCGCCCGCACCUUGCAGACCCCUAUUCCGACACUCUUGUCGAGAAUGUUGCCUCAAAAUGCAAAAACACUAUGGUUGUCAUCCAUAAUGCCGGAAUCCGUCUCGUCGACCGCUGGAUUAACAACGAUAAUAUCACCGCCGUAAUCUUCGCCCAUCUUCCGGGUCAGGACUCCGGUGGCGCUCUCGUUGAUAUCAUGUACGGCAAGCAGUCGCCAUCUGGUCGGUUGCCGUACACUGUAGCCAAGAAUGAGUCCGACUACGGUGCUCUCUUGGACCCGCAAAUGCCUGACCGGGAUUAUAAUGGCUGGUACCCGCAGUCAAACUUCACGGAGGGUGUGUACAUCGAUUACAAGGCGUUCGAGAAGGAGGGUAUCGAGCCUCGGUAUGCCUUUGGCUAUGGCCUUACCUAUACCGACUUCACCUACUCUGGCCUCGACAUCGAGGUCAGCUCUGGCGCGGACAAGGCGUAUAUUCCUCCUGGAACCGAGAUCCAAGAAGGCGGCCUCCCGUCGCUCUGGGACGUCGUUGCGACAGUGAAUUGCACUGUUGAGAAUACGGGCAAAGUCGCCGCCAAGGAGGUCGCCCAGCUGUAUCUUGGGAUUCCCGGUGGACCGGCGAAGGUUCUUCGAGGAUUUGAUAAACAGCUUAUUGAACCGGGAAAAACUAGUUCGUUUACAUUUGAGCUUGCCCGUCGUGAUCUCAGUACUUGGGACGUGGAGAAGCAGACCUGGGGUUUGCAGAGUGGUGAUUAUAUCGUUUAUGUUGGGAAGAGCGUUUUGGAUAUUCAGCUGACAGGGGAAUUAACCAUUUAG